ACAGUGUUAUUAUUUUACAUGUCUGCGUUUUACAUGUCAAAUAGGGUACAAUGAAGUGGUUGGGUGGGGAGAUCCCAAGGCCAUGCUGGCCUCAGAGUAACUCCCCCUCAAAUGUAAUCCCUUUUCUGUGUAAUCCCGCCUCCUUCCAAUCCCCCCGCUCCCUCCCUCCUUCUGCUCCACUCACUCCCUUCCCUGUCUACCUCCUCCUCCAUCCCAUCCAGUCCACCUUACGCCUGAUGGAGCAUUAAUGCAGCGGGCCGCUUCACAUUGUCACCGAGUUGGAGAAGAGGGCGGGCGGUUGCGGUCGUGUCGGCUGCUUUCUCUUGGAUUCCUCCACCUUUCCCGACAAUCAGGAAUUACUUGCAACAGUUUGUCUGUCGGCUCUGAGGUGUGAGGGGAAUCUUCCCAGUCCAGAAGUCCGCCUGGAUACUUGUGGAGAUGUUUUUGUGGAUGCCUACUUUUGGAUGAGGUCUCUGACUAACCUGGAUUUGGAUAUUCUCAGAGGCAAGCGGGAUAAAAUGGUGCCCCUGCAGAAAAGGGAUCAAUUUGACAACUUGGAGAGGCAUACGCAGUGGGGGAUCGAGUUUCUGGAGCGGUACACCAAAUUUGUCAAGGAGAGGUCAGAGAUAGAAGCCAACUAUGCAAAGCAAAUUAGGAAUUUAUCAAAGAAGUACCAACCCAAGAAGAACUCACGAGAAGAGGAAGAAAGCAAAUACACAUUCUGUCGAGCCUUCCUGACCACGCUCAACGAACUCAACGACUAUGCAGGGCAACACGAGGUGAUUGCCGAGAACUUAACGUCACAGAUCAUCACUGAGCUUUCGCGCUACCUGCAGGAGCUCAAGACUGAGAGGAAAUCGCACUUUCACGAUGGCCGCAAAGCACAGCAGCACAUCGAGAGCUCGUGGAAACAGCUGGAGUCGUGCAAAAGGAAGUUUGAGCGUGAUUGCAAAGAGGCAGACAAAGCACAGCAGUACUUUGAGAGGAUGGACGCCGACAUCAACGUGACUAAGGCUGAUGUGGAAAAGGCGCGACAGCAAGCUCAGGUCAGGCACCAGAUGGCGUCGGACAGCAAGAGCGAUUACUCGUCCUACCUACAAAAGUUCAACCAGGAGCAGAAUGAACAUUACUACACGGUCAUCCCCAACAUCUUCCAGAAACUUCAAGACAUGGAGGAGAAGAGAAUCGAGAGGAUAGGAGUGUGCAUGAAGACGUUUGCCGACGUGGACCGCCAGGUGCUGCCAAUCGUGGGGAAAUGUUUAGACGGCAUGACGACGGCCGCCGAGUCCAUCGAGCCAAAAUCCGACUCCAAAGAGGUGGUGGAGUCUUACAAGUCUGGCUUCGAGCCCCCGGGAGACGUGGAAUUCGAAGACUACGGGCAGGCCAUGAAGAGGACGGUGUCAGACACAAGCCUGACCAACUCGCGGGAGGUCAAGGAGAGGCCGUCAGGCAAAAGCAAGGGCAAACUGUGGCCUUUCAUCAAGAACAAAAACAAGCUUAUGUCCCUGUUAACGUCCCCACGCCAGCCCCCACCUGCUCCCCCAGCCUCAUCCCCACCCUCACCCUCUGCUGUUCCCAACGACUCCCAGUCUCCCAAGCAGCAAAAGGAGCCCCUCUCCCACCGCCUCAACGACUUCAUGGCGUCCAAACCCAAAAUGCACUGCCUCCGGAGCCUGAGGCGAGGGCUUUCUCUCAAGCUGAUCACACUCAAUUCCCACGUCCGGAAUCUCAUUGAGGGUUCAGGACCGGAGGACUUCAGCCACCUUCCACCAGAACAGAGGAGGAAGAAGCUGCAGGCCAAGCUGGACGACCUCAACAAAGACAUCCAAAAGGAGAUGGACCAGAGGGACGCGCUGACAAAGAUGAAAGAUGUCUAUGUGAAGAACCCUCAGAUGGGAGACCCGACUAGCGUGGACCCUCGGCUAGCAGAAAUCGGGCAGAACAUUGAGAAGCUCCAGUUUGACGUGCAGAAAUUUGAGGGCUGGCUAGCUGAGGUGGAGGAGAAGAUGCCGUCCAAGAGCGACACGAACCGGAGAAGCACACUCUACGAGAACCAGAACAGCACGGCCGUGAACAGCAACUGUGCCCAAGACAGGGAGAGGCCCUCGAGCAGCCCGGACGGCAGCUACACGGAGGAGCAGAACUCUGAGACGCACGUCAAAGCCAACGCCAACCCCAACCCCAACCCUAACCCCACGUCCACCACGCCAGAGUUUGAUGAUGAGUUUGACGACGAGGAGUCGCUGCCCACCAUCGGCACCUGCAAAGCCUUGUAUCCAUUUGACGGCCACAACGAGGGCACUAUCUCAGUGGCGGAGGGCGAGCUGUUAUACGUCAUCGAGGAGGACAAAGGCGACGGCUGGACGCGAGUGCGCAGAAACGAGGAUGAGGAGGGAUACGUCCCCACGUCCUACGUUGAGGUCUUUUUGGGAACAAACGCCAAAGGUGCUAUGACAUACAUUUAACAGACAGUGUGUAUGUGGUUUUUGUUUUGUUUUUUUUAACCGUCAGUCAGAAUGCUGUAGUUCCAAUCACACACACAGUCUGGUACCACGUCAUGUUGCUCCCCGAGGGAGCAGUCGAACAGAAUUCCUCCUUUGUGCUUCAUUGAGCUCAGUGUUAGGAAAACAUGGAACAAGCACUGCAGUGCCACCUAGUGGCACUUAUUACUCAUUACAAAUAGACCUUUUACUUUGAAGGGGGCAAGAUUUCAACUGCUGUCUUGUAAUAAAUCACACACACGUGAAUGUAACGUGCACAUUUGUACUGCUAAUCCGAACGCAUGCGACAUUGUUUCAAGCUGCUGUAAAGCAUUUUCAGAAAUGUGAAAAGUUAUUUUUGUAGGUUACUGUAAAAGAAAAUAUAGAGAACUCCCCAUUCAAAGUGUGGCAUGCUGUAGAGCUAUCAUAUAUUUGACUUUUUAAUGACAAUAAGUAGCGGCCGUUGUUUAAAAUUUGCCUUGUAAAUAAAGUCAGGCAGUUGCAGUUCAAACAUGAUGCACUUUAAAAAAAUGAGUUAAAAUCUGAAACACAACAUUGACUUCAAAAAGACGCCAUAAGAAUUCUAACCUCCAACCAUUAGUGAAAAGUGUGAGUUGUACAGUAUUAGCAUGAGCUGCUGUUGUGACCCACUGUCACCUCCUUGAGGAGCUAAGUGGUAUUACGUGUGAUACUACUGUACAUUUAUAAGUACAAACGCAGAAAACAUGUUUAUUAUUUUAUUUAAAAGACGCCAAAAUACAUCUUCUCACUUCCAAUAAGCAUUGGCCAAAAAAAUUAUGUAAACAUGAUGAAUGCUAGCUUUUUAGCAUGAGCAAACCAGUUUAUCACUACUUUGAAUGGAAGUGCUGUAAUAUGGCUCACUGUCACCCCCCCGAGGAGUAAAGUGGUAUUACGUCUGACACUACUGUACCUUGAAAGUUCAAAGCUGAAAUACACAUUUAUAGUUUUCUUUAAAAGAUGCCACAUGACAUAUUCCCACAUUAAAUCCCAGAAAAAUCACAUAAUGAAGAAGAAUGCUAGCUGUAUUAGCAUGAGCUAUGCAGUUGGUCACUGCUUCAAGUAAGACGGUGUUGUGACUCACUGUCACCCCCAUAGGAGGAAGGUGGUAUUGUACGCCCGGUAUUGUUCCUUGCGUAGUUGCCUGUGUACAUUUAAAGUAUCUCUAUAUAAUGACUCACUUGGAGUUGGGUUGCUGUCUUUCCCUCCAUCGCCAUCUAACGUUUGUUUUUCUUUUUGUCACCUGUUUUGUUUGUUAUUUCUUUUCCUGCGUUGCAGAUUCCUAAAAGUGCGAGGCUGGCUGAGGAGUGGCAGGGCAAGCAGCCUCAGAGAAAUCACCGAGACGGCCAAUUAGAACGAAUUUUCCACGCCACACACACACACACACACACUAUUUUGAGAAAUGCAAAUUGUUAGUGCUUGUCAUCCUAACAGCUCCUGCCGUAAAGACACCGAUUUCCGCUUUGCGACUAACCAUCCUCGCUCUCAGCUCAGUGGGUGCGGUCAGAGAGAGGACCACUAGAGGAGGCCCCGCCCCCUUUCGCAUCACUCCCACCCCAUCCAACAUGCUGUGUGAAUGUGUGACUGCAGGAGCUCCGCCCACAGCAGGUAGCGGAGGUGCUUGCAGUGUUUGUGUUCAUCACGCCAUCACGUCGCUGGUGUCUGCUCCUCUCUCUGACCUGACGCCACCCCCCCGUCCACCCACACUCCUCCCCCUCCCUCACCUGCACAGCUCCCCGACCCCGCUUCCCCUCCAACCCCCUGCAGGCUAGCACCUUGGCUGCCAUUUUUGCAGCCGUUCAGGUCGCGUUGUGGUGCGCUGCAUGCUUGCCCUGUCUUCCUCCUCGCCCCCCUUGGCCCAAGGGGCGGCCACAGGGGUUGGUGGUGGUGGUGGGGUGCCGGGCCACCCCGCCUCCUUCCCUCCGGCCUUUACGUUCAGUUAACCCCCCAUUGCCUGAUCACACUCACGUAACCUGAAUGCCAUCAGAGAGCAUGUCAGCCACCCCGCCCCCGUGUCCGCCCACCCCUUGCGUCAGAACACAAGCAGGACCCCGAGAUAAAUAAGUGAGGUCACGAUUGCCUUGUGUUUUGUUGUGUGUUUGUUUUAAUUUUUAUGUUGUCAUCACAAACACCCGCCCGUCCCCCGUGUAUGAGAACAUACUGUGAGCCUGCGUCAUGUGAUCAGAAUGAGAUACUUCCUGUUCACUCACCCAAAACCACCACACUGUCAAGACUAAACUCAGACAGUUAUGUCCAAGCAUCACAAUGGCACAUAUGUCUUUUUAUUUCAUAAUUGACAUGAUUUUAUCAUUAUUUUAAGCUGAAAACGUGUUUAUUGCAUCCUCUGCCCAAAUCGGGACUGAAACCCUUUUACUGCAAAUAAAAGUACGCUGGAGGGUUAGGGCCACGCUAAAAUGAAAAACAAACGUAUCAGAAGAUAUAAAGGUGGUCAUGUUCCGGGAAUAAAGUUGCGAUAUGAACAGAAUCACGGCGGACCACUACAACAACAAGAUGUAACGUUAUGACAAUACAACAAUAUUACUUGUAAUACUACCAGGAAACUGUCAUUUUAUGGGAAUAGUCAGAGAAUGUUGAAAGGUGUACUUUUAAAAAAACUAUUUGCUCAUCAUCCACAAUCCUUAAUGUGAGGCAUGAACUAUUUUCUGCGUUCUAAAGAUAUAAAAAUAGCUAAACAGACACCGUCGAGAAUGCGUGUAAUGAUAAACACCUAUUCCACCUCCAAAAACCUCAACAAGGUUUCAUGGUUGUAUAUCCAUGCUUGGUCAUUUGAAGCGUUAGCGGAACUUCCUUCCUGGGCGCACUGAUUUCACAUUGCAACAUAGAAGGAACGCUACAUACAAGGAACGCUGGCGCGGGCUAGUGUAUGGUGAAGCUAUUUGCUAACCAGCUAGUAGCUAGCCAGUGUGGUGUGGCGAGGUGUCACUAUACCAGUAAUGCAGUUCUUUGGCGUAAAAAUGUGGCUGUAGUUUGAGUAAUAUGUAGGUCACAUUAUGUAAAUUUGUAUCUCACAUAAGGUUUGUGGAUGAUGGGCAAAAUGAGCGCAGUUUUGAAAAUAAAUUCAAGUCAAAAAUGAAAAACAAAUACAUUUCUAGGCAUAUUAGACUGAUAAAACAAAAACUGUGUAAUAUUAAGAGACACAGUUGCAAUACAAAGAUAAUUAUCUGGUUUAUUCCGGUAAAAUGUCAACAAUUUUCUACGCUACACCUUUUGCUGAAAAUGAGGAAAAGUUGUAGUAUUGGUUGUAGUAUUUUUGUUAUUUUCUUUUGAGUGAGGCCCUAAUGCUCCUACAGGUAAACUAACCACCACUUCUGAUGACACACAAACAUGAAACUGCUUGUACAGUGGACACACGACAAAGAGAGAAUAUAUAUAGAUAUAUAAAUAAAGAUGAAAAUGGAAUAAAAACCUCUAUUUUAACUUUUGAGGAGAGUGUGACCUCUCCUGUAUUGUGCUUUGCAAAAGUUAAGACUACCACAUGGUGUGUUUUUUGCACUUUGUCUCCUGUGUUCCGUUUGGUAGACCUUUGCUUGUGUUUUCUGGAGCACUGAAUACUUUGUAUUGUGUUUACUGUGCCAAUUAAAUAUGCCUGGAAAGUUA